AUGGCCACGAUGCGCGCGAUUGCGAUCCAAGGUGGUAAAGGCCCCGCUACUGCUAUGUAUGUCACCGACCUCAUUAAGCCAGUUCCAAUACUAGGCCAAGCGCUCGUGAAGGUCCGCACUUUUGGACUCAAUCGCAUGGAUUUACUCCAGCGCGAGGGUCUAUAUCCGUUACCACCUCAUGCGCCGGAAGCUAUGGGAGUAGAAUUCAGCGGUGUUAUUGAGCAAUUUGGAGAUGACGCUGCCUCUGCGGGGAGUGGAUUUAGACUUGGGGAUGAGGUAUUCGGAUUGGCAUACGGCGGUGCCUAUGCCGAGUACAUAGUUGUCUCGACCAAGACCCUUUUCCAUAAGCCAAUGCAACUUUCAUGGGAGGAAGCUGCUGGCAUACCAGAGACCUUUAUGACAGCCGCUCAAGCGCUCUUAUUUAUCGGUGAUUUUAAACAUGGCCAAUCUGUCCUAUGGCACGCUGGCGCCUCCUCGGUUUCUAUCGCAGGCAUCCAAUUGGCUAAAGCUAAAGGUGCUUCUGCUAUUUAUGCCACUGUCGGCUCAUCUGAGAAGGUCCACUUCCUCGAGCAAAAGCUCGGUGUCACAAAGGCCUUCAAUUACAAAACGGAUGACUGGAUGGCGGAUCUUCAAAAACGCGGCGUUAACCUUAUUGUUGACUUUAUUGGGGCACCAUAUUUUCAGAAUAAUCUGGACGUUGCCGCACAGGAUGGGCGUAUCGUGCUCUUGGGUCUUAUGGGUGGCGCGGAGUUACCGGUUGGUGUGAACAUCGCGCCAUUUCUAUACAAGAGGCUUCGCUUGGAGGCUAGCGGGCUGCGAAGUCGGGAUUUGGAGUACCAGGGGAAGUUGAGAGAUUUGUUGGUGGAAUAUGCCUUACCAAAAUUCUGUGAAGGGUCGUUGAAAGUGUUCGUUGAGAAGGUGUUCCGGUUCGAAGAUAUCGUGGAAGCACAUCAGCUGCUGGAGAAGAACCAAACGAAAGGCAAGAUAAUUUGUACGGUGGGGCCUUAA